GACCAAACCGGCCUGCCUCGGCUCAACAGGGAGGUAAGCGCGGCUGUUGCUGAAGUUGAAGCGCCUACUCUGCUCUCACUGGCAAUUCACCCACCUCGGAUCAAAAGAAUGCUCUCUGGUUAUUUUUAUAACUUAUUUUUUAAUGCUUCUAUCAAACGGAAUUUACCGGUGUUUUGGAUAGAUUAAAUUAUACCAGUGUUAGCUAACAGCAGCUUGGCACAAAGACGUUCAGUCACCUAUUAGCUGAUUCUGGCUAACUAUAACUAGCCUGCUAACAACACAGCCGAUGAGGACGAGAACAUCAUUACGCUACCACACUCGGGUUAAUCUCUGCCGACUACCUGCGUGUAAGGUGUUGACUGUUCUGUCAUAGCUAUUUAUCUAUGACUGUAUGAGGCAAGUGGUUGUUUUCAGUCACCACUCAUGACUGCGAUACUUAAAGCAGCGUUUCUGCAUCGCUGGACUGUUGGCUGCACGAUUUUCAGUUAGCCUCGGCAAGAGCUUCGGGGUGGUUUAGGGAUGGUGGCGGUAGCAAAACAAGCUAACGCUUCUCUGUGUGAAGUAGUGAGUGCACGAAAGUGAGGAAACACUUGAAGCAAGUAGGAGUUCUCGGGUUUUAUGUUAAUUUUAAUCCCGGUCUGGAUGACGCUAGGACGAACCUGACAGUCAUUGAACACUUAUGAACCAAGACUGUCAAUAUCGCUAACAGAUCGAAGGGAUUAUUUUUGUCUCUAAGUGGAUUUCGGCCUCCUGUUCAGGAUCAUCGUGGGAACACACUAAGUGUUUUGACAUUGAGCCCACUCCCUCAAGUUACUCUCUCUAUCAGCGACCUUCCCUUGCCUCCCCUCCGAUGCGGAGAUUUUAGUAUCACCGGCAACCAAAUCCACCACGGCGGCCGGACAUGCUGAAGUGUAUUCCCCUGUGGCGCUGCAACCGCCACGUCGAGUCGGUGGACAAGCGGCAUUGCAACUUGCAGACAGUCCCUGAUGAAAUAUUCCGCUACAGUCGCAGUCUGGAGGAACUUCUCCUGGAUGCCAACCAACUCAAAGAGCUACCAAAGCCUUUCUUCAGGCUACUGAACCUACGAAAGCUCGGCCUGAGUGACAAUGAGAUCCAGAGACUUCCUCCAGAAGUGGCCAACUUUAUGCAGCUGGUGGAACUGGACAUCUCCAGAAACGACAUUCCUGAGAUCCCCGAGAGCAUUAAGUUUUGCCGGGCCUUGGAGAUUGCAGACUUUAGUGGAAACCCCCUCUCCAGAUUGCCGGAUGGUUUCACUCAGCUCCGAACACUGGCUCACUUGGCGCUCAACGAUGUGUCAUUACAGACGUUGCCCAGCGACAUCGGAAAUCUGGCCAACCUGGUGACGUUGGAGCUAAGGGAGAACCUGCUGAAGUCUCUGCCCACGUCGCUUUCUUUCUUGGUGAAACUGGAACAGCUGGACCUCGGCAGCAAUGAACUGGAAGUUUUGCCGGACACUCUCGGUGCCCUUCCCAACUUGAGGGAGCUGUGGCUGGACCGUAACCAGUUGUCCUCAUUACCACCAGAGCUGGGAAAUCUUCGGAGGCUGGUUUGUCUAGAUGUUUCAGAGAAUCGUCUAGAGGAGCUUCCCUCAGAGCUGAGCGGCCUCCUGGCCCUCACUGACCUGCUGCUCACACAGAACCUGCUGGAAGUCGUCCCCGACAGUAUAGGAUGUCUGAAACAGUUGUCCAUCCUGAAGGUGGACCAGAACAGGCUGACCAACCUGACUGACUCAUUAGGGGAGUGCGAAAACCUCACAGAACUUGUUCUCACAGAGAACCUUUUACAGUCACUUCCUCGCUCGCUGGGCAAGCUGAAGAAGCUGACCAACCUGAAUGUAGACCGCAACCGGCUGGGCAGCGUGCCCAAGGAGCUAGGCGGGUGUGCCAGCCUAAACGUCCUGUCAUUGAGAGACAACCGCCUGGGCAAACUGCCCGCUGAGCUAGCGGAUGCCACCGAGCUGCAUGUUCUGGACGUAGCUGGAAACAGAUUACAAAACUUGCCUUUUGCCCUGACAAACCUCAAUCUGAAGGCUAUGUGGCUCGCAGAGAACCAGUCACAACCUAUGCUAAAGUUCCAGACAGAGGAUGAUGAGCGAACGGGAGAGAAAGUAUUGACCUGUUAUUUACUGCCUCAGCAGCCUUCCCCAAGCCUUGAGAACCUGCUGCAGAACAGUGUGGAUGACAGCUGGACAGACAGCAACCUGAACCGAGUGUCAGUCAUUCAGUUCCAGGAAGAGACCAAGGCCGAGGAUGAAGAGGAUGAUGAGGCUGCUGCAGAGCGCAGGGGCCUCCAGCGCAGAGCCACACCACACCCCAGUGAGCUGAAGGUGAUGAAGAAGGUGAUAGAGGAGAGGAGGAAUGAAGUCUACACUUCCAGACCUGAUGGAGAAGAGGCUGUUGACGCAGAGGAGAAACGACUCAGUGACCUUUCCAAUCAGAGCCACGACUCUCAGGUGUCUAACAGCACGCUGUCGGCCACCUCCCACGAGGACCGGCAAAAUAUGACUGCAGCCACACAGAGAGAAGAUCUCGUGGAAGGCCAUUGCCCUCAGGAGGAUGAAGACCUGGAUGACAUGGAGGUGGAGUACAUCGAGCCUACUGUGCACUUUGCAGAAGAACCCAUCAUCCGCGGUGGGGAGGAGGAUGAAGAAGAGGACGGAGAGAACGGCGAGCAGAGCGACGAGGAAGACGAGAGACCGGUUUUUCCCGCAGAGAAGCAGCGGCUAAUCAGGAAAGACACACCACACUACAAGAAGCACUUCAAAAUCACCAAGCUGCCCAAACCCGAGGCUGUGGCUGCACUACUUCAGGGCUUCAGUCCUGACGGCCUCAACUCACCAACACAGGCUGCAGAGGAUGAGCAGGAUGAGGAUGAGGAUGAGGAAGAAGAUGAGAGUGUUGGCACCCCUCAACAUCAUCGCAGAAUAGAUGAGCUGGAGGACAGCAGGCAUCAGUGCAACUCCAGUCAAGUAAAGGGGGUGUCAUUUGAUCAAGUCAAUAAUCUGCUGAUUGAACCUGCUCGAAUUGAGGAGGAAGAGCACACGCUGACCAUUGUGAGACAAACAGGCGGUCUGGGUAUCAGUAUCGCUGGGGGGAAAGGAUCUACGCCUUACAAGGGUGAUGACGAGGGAAUCUUCAUCUCCAGAGUAUCUGAAGAGGGUCCUGCAGCAAGAGCAGGGGUGAAAGUGGGAGAUAAGCUCCUAGAGGUAAAUGGUGUUGACCUCCACGAAGCAGAGCAUCACACAGCCGUGGAAGCUCUCCGCAGCUCUGGUGCUACUGUUUCAAUGAUAGUACUGCGGGAGCGCAUGGUGGAGCCAGAGAACGCCAUCACCACCACACCACUGAGGCCAGAGGAUGACUACUUCCCACGGGAAAGACGGAGCAGCGGCCUCGCCUUCAAUAUAGAGACCAGUCCCAGCGGGCCAAGACAGCGGUUCUCCACCUGUUUGAUUCGCAAUGACAAGGGGCUGGGAUUUAGCAUCGCUGGAGGCAAAGGUUCCACACCCUACCGCACAGGAGACACGGGAAUCUACAUUUCUCGAAUUGCAGAGGGUGGAGCAGCACACAGAGACAGCACUCUGCGUGUAGGUGACAGGGUCAUUUCUAUCAAUGGUGUAGACAUGACAGAGGCCAGGCAUGACCAGGCAGUAGCGCUCCUUACCGGCACAUCCCCCACCAUCGCACUAUUGGUGGAGCGAGACCCAAAUGCACCAGGGGGCUCUCCAGGUCAGAAUCGGGCACGUGCCCACUCACCACCGCCCCCAGAGCCUUCAGAGUCUCCCGACCAGGAGGAGGAAGGCCUUCAAGGCAACCACCUAGGCCGGAUGGAGGAUGAGUACCCCAUCGAGGAGGUGACCCUGAUGAAGUCAGGCGGCCCUCUGGGCCUGAGCAUUGUGGGAGGUAGCGACCACGCCAGUCAUCCUUUCGGCAUCAACGAACCCGGGGUGUUCAUUUCAAAGGUGAUUCCUCAAGGUUUGGCUUGUCAAAGCGGACUGCGUGUUGGUGACAGAAUACUAGAGGUGAACGCCAUCGACCUGCGACAUGCCACUCACCAGGAAGCUGUGCGUGCUCUGCUGGCUAACAAGCAGGAGAUCCGUAUGUUGGUACGGAGGGAUCCUUCACCACCUGGGAUGCAGGAAAUUUUUAUCCAAAAGCACCCAGGGGAGAAGCUUGGCAUCAGCAUUCGGGGAGGGGCCAAGGGUCAUGCUGGAAACCCGUUCGACCCUACAGAUGAGGGCAUCUUCAUCUCCAAGGUGAGUUCGACCGGAGCGGCAGCGAGAGAUGGAAGACUGCAGGUUGGCAUGCGUAUCCUCGAAGUAAACAACCACAGUCUGCUGGGAAUGACUCACACAGAAGCAGUGCGAGUACUUCGUGCUGUUGGGGACUCUCUGGUCAUGCUGGUGUGUGACGGCUUCGACCCUCGCAAAGUGGCAGCUGUGGAGGCAUCUCCUGGCAUCAUUGCCAACCCAUUUGCAACCGGCAUUGUACGCAAGAACAGCAUGGAGAGCAUCUCUUCUAUAGAUCGAGACCUGAGCCCAGAGGAGAUGGAAAUAUUACAGAAGGAGUCUGAGAUGGUGAGGGAGACGUCACAGUGGGAACGAGAGGAGAUGGAAAAAGUGGAGCGCAUGCGCUUGGAGCGUGAGGAGGCAACUCGCCUGCUAGAAGAGGAAACAGAGAAUAUCAGCACCGGACCAUUAAAACUUGACUACAAAACUUUGGCUGCGCUGCCCACCACCAGUCUGCAGAAGGUCAAUAGAGCGCCCUCCUCCGAUUACACCAGGACAGACAGCCCAAUCAGGGAAGCACCUUACUCUCCUACUAUCCAACCGGCAAACAUUCAUUACACCUCCACUCCCACUGCCAAGGACAUUACUUCAUCAACGAGACCUGGUGCCAUUCAGCCAGUUGGGCGUGUGCUACCCAGCACCUCCCCCGCCACGCCAGACCGCCACAGUCCCAACCCCUUUCAGCACGGCCCCUCUCCCUUCAACUCCCAGACCUCUCCUCGUGCCCCCUCCCCUACUUCGCCUGAUGAGUUUCCAAUGAAUGUCAAACAGGCAUACAAGGCGUUUGCCGCCGUGCCUCGCUCACUGGCAGUGCUGGAGCCGCCGCAGGACCUUUAUGGUGUGAGGAACAAUUUCCAUCCAAAGCAACCUUCUCCAGAGCCUGAGUUGGACGAGGUGUUUGAUGACAUAGAUGGUCAGGAGGGAGCUGGUAAGGGUCUGACCAGCAAGGUCUCCCCUCUGCCUUCUGUCUCUUCUGACCGCCGGGAGUAUUUAAACUUGGCAGCAGUGCCUCGCCGCUCAAGGCCUUUCCAGGAUCUGCAGAGUCCGUCUCCUGGUGGUAAGGACAGCCCAGAGCAGCGCUCUUUCAGGGACAGGCAGAAGUACUUUGAGAUUGAUGUGAAGCAGCAAACACCAGAAAAACCCAAACCACGAGUGUCCCUUGUUGGAGAGGAUGACCUCAAGAAAAUGAGGGAAGAGGAAGAGAGGAAGUUUGAGCAGCGGGCACGGGAAUACCUGCUGGAUGAAGAUGAGGAAGAUGAGGAGGAAGACCUGGCUAAGCAGGUAGCACAGAUGAAGGCCACGGGCAAAGUCUUGUUGGAUGGAGUGGAGUACAAGGUAGAGCCAGUAUCCACCCCAUCUCAGCACUGUUCUACACCACCAAGCUACAACGUCACACCACCAAGCUACUGUGGCAGCUCAGGGCCUUCAUCAAUUGAUGGAAAGGGAGACUCUCAAAGAAAUUCACUGGAAGAUAGCUUCAGGCUGGAGCAGAGGCCCAACUCUAUGACAGGCCUGAUCCCAGUGUACCCAGGGGAGUCAGCCGCUCCCAUCCGCACAGCUAAAGCAGAGCGCAGACAUCAAGAGAGACUCCGCAUGCAGAGCCCCGAGCUGGCGGUGGCCCCUGACAAGGACCUGUCCCCUGCAGAGAAACGAGCUCUGGAAGCUGAGAAGAGGGCCAUGUGGAGGGCAGCACGGCCCUAUGGCCUUGAGGAGGAUAUUAGACAGUAUGAGCAGGACCUGGCAAAGAGGCUCUACCAGGCCCGAGUGAGGGCCUCGCAGGGUGCUGCUGCGGCCCCCCCGCCCCCCACUUCCUCCUCUACCUCCUUCUCUGCAGCCUCCCAGCUCAGGAUGAAGUCUCUGGAGCAAGAUGCACUGAAAGCUCAAAUGGUCAUUGCCAAGUCUCGCGAUGGGAAGAAGCGUGGGACACUAGACCAGCUGACAGAGUCACCCUCGCCUGCUCCAACACCAUCUCCCACUCCCAUGGAAGAGCUCAAUCCUCGAGGAUUAACUUCACCAGGCAGGCUGUCCCUGUCAUCAAAGAAGUUUGACUACCGACAGUUUGCUGCCAUUCCUUCUUCCAAACCCGUAUACGACAUCCAGUCCCCGGAAACAGCUGAAGAGAUGCAAUACAUUGACGACGGCUCCAGCAACCCAGGGCACACUGCAAGCCCUGAAGUCGAGGUUCCCACUCCGGUGCCUGCAACUUCUGCCCUUGAGGAAAUGGCCCUGUACAGCAACAAACGCAAACUGAGGCAGGGCCGCCGCAGCCUGGAAACCGCAGUGCCCACAUAACACCUCAGUGACAGAAUACCAAAAGCAUCAUGCGAAACAUAACAUUUAUAUACACUGUGGAAUCCACAGGAGGUGCAGAUUCACUACAUGCUGCGCGGUGUCUGUAGAGCAAGGUUUACUCUACCCUAUAUAACCACUGCAAAGACUAUGAAGCUGAUAGUCGCCACACAUAGACACUCAUAUCUUGCGUGCCAGUCUUGCCUUUACAGUCUCUGGGUGAGUUGGCAAGUUGCUCAACAGUCACUAAAGGGCCAGAAAGAGCUAGUUUGGUUAGCUAGGAUUGCUACUUACAAUUCUUUAUUUUAUGCAGCCUUCGGUUUUCCUGAUAAACUUUGUUCCAUUUUAACUUGAGGGUGAUCGAAGUUUUUAGUUUUUCUUUUUUUUUUGUUCUUUAAACGUACUGGAAAAAAAAUGGGUCAAAGAUAUACUAACUUCUUGAAUGAUAUCUUGAAGCUUUCAGUGAUGAGACUGUAAAAUGUCUUAUGUUUAAGUCUGGGGCAAGCAGGAGUGUAUAUAUUAAUUGCGGAGGGAACAACUUGCUACCUUCAUAGUCACAAAUUGUGGAGAGCUUUUUUUUUUUUUUUUAAGUACAUAUCAUUUUUGCACUGCCACUGAUCAGCUUUUUGAGAACCUAUAUCUUAAUUUAUUGUUUUUACUAUUUUAGUCAAAUUUAAGCCCUUCUUUUAACGCUUUAACCCAUUCAGUCUUUUUGGAUUCAAGAGGAUGACUUCAGGCAUAUCAUAUUAGUCCACAAAAUGAUUUUUUUUAAUAACGAGUCAGAUUUUUACUGGUAAUUUGCAUAUCACUAUUUUAUUGAAUCUACUUUAUACAUUCUUAAUCACCACAGGUUUUGUGGCAAGCGGUGUUGGACUGUUUAAACAAUGCACAGUGGUUUUUUAACAGUAAAGGGUCACAUCAAAAUGUUUGUUCUUGUUGUUUCAGCAGACUUUAAAAGAUCCCCGAUCCCAAUUAUUUACAUUCCCCUGUAGAGAAUAUGACUACACUGGAGGCAGCAGCACUGAGCAGGUGGAUACUCAACAGUUAAAAAUACUAAUAUUUGGGAACCAUGCAUUUUAGCGUCACCUAUUCAUGGUACUUAUCCUGCCCUGUUAGGGGUAUUGUUUUGCUUAUCAAUGUGAAUCACUCAUUUAUAUUCUUGCAGUAUCUAGAGGUAUGCCACAGUGAUGUGAAGGUAGCAGGUUUAUUUUUCUGUCUAUGGUUAAUUUAAAUCUGAUACCACUGAAAAUCAUUUAUUAUUGUGUGAAUAAUGUACAAAUACUGAAAGAAAAACAAAUUCUAGGUUUGAAACUGAGCCAGUCUUGACCUAGACAAAAACAAGUGUCUGGACUGCUGAGACAGGUUUGAACAGGCUUGGUUGUUGGGAUGCCCUCUGCAUGUAUAUUGGUUUAUUAAUGGGAGAGCUGGGAGAGGCAGAACCAAUCAGGAAUCCCUCUCAAGACAUGGAUCAUAUUCAGCUUGUAGCAAUUAUGGUAAAUUAAUGUAGGGUCUUCUAAUUAUAGCUUUUCAAGUUGCGCUCACUGACUGAAAUUCAGUUUGAUAACAUUUGCAAUGGUUUCUUUUUUUCCCCUUUUUUUUACUUUCAGUAGGUAAAUCCUUUAUCAGAUGGGUUUCACUACAUUAUUGAUGCUGUGUUUCAAGUUAAUGUGUUUAUUCUUUGGGGGCUUUUACUUGCAAAUAGGUCGGAGGAAAAGGGUAAGAAGUCCUAGGGUUGAGGGUUAUAGCUCAUACAAGACUGUAACUAGUGAAUUUGUACAACCAAAGAAGUCUAUUUUGUGGUUCAGGAAUAAUAAAUUUUACUUUUCAUUUAAGAA